AUGUACUUCCUCGGCUCCACUAAGGCCUAUCAAGCAGAAGUGGAAAAUCAGGAUACAUGUCCUCUAAGAUCGGGUUCGCUUUCCGCUGCCACCAAUGUAGCGUUCCGAGACUCCCUGAAGACGAAAGAAGACACAAUACUCGGGCAGAAUAUAUGUAUUCAGCAUAGAGAAGGUGUCUGGGCUAUUGGCAUGGCCCAAAAGGCCAGCCCACCCAGCGAGGUGGCUCAGGACAAACGCACCACUCCUCUUACGCCGCGCAGCGUGACCCCAACCAUACCGCCCUCCGUGCCACCACGUCCGCAGGACACCAGGCAACCCAAGCUGGUCGAGUGCGCGCACCCUAACUCCCAACACCGCGCCAGCUCCACUUCCAGAAGAAUCAAUCCGAAGGCACGCACCCAUGGACAGAAAUUCUCCAUUACAAUAUUGGGAGUGAAGUUUACCUCACAGAGCUAUGGGAAGGGGUGCCUUGCCGCCUUUGCCACCACUCCAGAAGCAAAUCCACCGUGUUACAUUGCGCGUGACUUGCCGUAG